AUGUCGAUUCUUGAUAAAGAAUAUGUGGAUAAAUUAUUCAAUGAAAUUCAAUUUAUUUUACAAGAUAAGGAAUCUGAUUCUUUUAUGAAAGAGAAAAAUAGAGGAAAUUUUCAUUAUAAACAAUUGAAUAAAAAUUUUUGUCAUCGUCUUGCACAACGAUUGAAUGAACAAUCCAUCGAAAGUGAUAAACACCGAACGAAAUUGAAUUCAUGGCUAGACAGUGAUGUGGAUGUCAUACCGAAUGAAUAUGAAGGUGGAUUUAAAAUCUGGGAAGGAUUAUCUGAUCUAAUCGAUUAUUUUGAGCAAGAUAAUUAUGAUUUCACCGAAUUGAAUACGGAUGAAUUCAGAAUUUGUGAUUUAGGUUGUGGUUCUGGUCUGCUUUCUAUUUAUUUAGCGAAAAAAUUGAGUCAUUCAAAUCCGAAAUUAAAAUUCCGAAUUUAUCUACAAGACUAUAAUGAACAGGUUAUAAUUUUUACCGUUCCAAAUAUCAUUGUUAAUGAUGAAAACAAUACUGCAGAACAAAUAAAAGUUAAUUACGAAUUUCUUUGGGGCGAUUGGCAGCAAAUAAACGAAUUUUUCAUUUCAAACAAAAUUAAACUCGAUUUAAUCGUCACCGCUGAAACAAUCUAUAAGGAGGAAAAUUUUUCAAAAUUGUCCAAUCUUUUUCAUGCAAACAUUCAUCAUCCAAAUGGUCGUGUAUUGAUUGCAAGCAAAAGUCAUUAUUUUGGAAUCGGUGGUGGAACGUAUUCAUUUUUAGAUUAUCUUGAUUCAAUUACCGAGACUACUAAUCAAUCAUUAUGUUUGAAGGGUGAUGUGGUCCAAGAAAUUGAUGCCUCGUUACUUCGUCAUAUUAUUGAAAUACGAUUAACCAAUAAAAAAUAAUCCCAGCAAGUCAAGCAAAUAUUUUUAUAUUUUUUAAUCAAUUCAAUUCCAAUGAUAAAUCAUUCAAUCAAUCCGUUUUAUAUGGCUUAUAUAAUCAAUAAUGUAAUUAAAAGGUGGCUGUUACCUGUCUUGUGAUUAGAAAGUGAUUAUUACUUUAUAAUAAAAAAAAAACAAAUAAUAAGCGAACAUGAUUUAUCU